AAACCAAAUCAACAGAACGCCCCAGAACUACUCGACGCGAGCUCCGCACGAAGACAGGAGUGGCGGGACGAAAUGGCAUCCCUGGCCCGCGCCGCCGCCGCCGUGAGGUCGGCGGCCCUCUCCGCGCCCCUCACAGGCCGCGUCCUCGGCGCGCCGUUGCCUUCCCUGGCGUCGCCUUCUGCUGCUGCCCGGUCCGCCCGGAUCCUCCGCAGGUCGGCGGCCGCGGCGUCGGCGGGGCUGGAGACGCUCAUGCCGCUGCACAGCGCGGUGGCGGCGGCGCGGCUUAGGUCCUGCAUCGCCGUCGACUCCUCCUGCUGGAGCUCGCUCUCGCAAGGUUUAAACAAGCGCAUCUGAUCAUCGCUAGGAGCUGAGCUGCAGAGAAGAUAUGCUUUGCCUUUGUGACAGAAGCUGCACCUGAAGCAACCAAUGAAUAUUAGGAAUUACAAACAAGGCCUGUAAUAAUGUGAUGCUUGUAAACUAAUUUCGCCUUUGAAGUUCAUUGAAUUUUGUAACAUGAAUCAUACAAGAUGUGGAACUAGCAUCUGUUGGUGUUAUAUUAUUCAAUGGCCCACAAAUUAUCUGCGGCUCAUUUAAA